ACUCACAUUAGCGUUGGCGAUGUCUAAAGCCAAUUCUACCAGCUCGUACUCUUCAAGUUCUUUGAGUAUAUCGGCUCAAACGCGCCACUGGGCAGCGUCUAUGACGAAGACUUGGGCAGACGAAGUGCAUAAGGAAUGGAGGCUUGAGCUACGCCGUCAGAGCUCCAAGCGUUUUCGAGCACGCAGACAACAAGCGUUGGCCCAACUGCGUCGAGAACAGGAUCAUCUCGAGCUGAAAAUCAGACAGUGCAUCGCCGCUAGAAGGCGCUUAUCAACGGAUAUACCUAGUGGCCCAAGCGAACUGUCCAGCUCGCUUCGUCGACUCGCCAUUGAGGGUGAUUCGCUAACACGAGAGAAUUUACAGCUGAAACAAGAUAUUUACAAGCACGAGUUCUUCCGCAGCAUCACAAGCAAGGCGAUCGAUGGUAAUCCUCGUAGGGACGAGAAAACCCCACAAAAUAUUCUCGAAGCGAGUAAAAAAUCUCGCUGGGUGGCCUACGACCGUCUACGCUACUCUGGUUGGUGUGUGGAAUUUCCGAACCACGAACCUUCAUUUUUCUUCUACCCAUUCACAAGAACAGAAUUCGACGAUGUGAUCAAGACUACUCUCGCUGGACUCGGUUCAGACUCUCUGGUAGUGGGAAAGGUAUUUGGGUGGAACGUGCAUAAUGCUCCUUUGACUCACAACGCAGAAACCGGCUCACUUAUCUCCCAAGUGAGACUAACGACGCGUGUUAGCUGCUCACUACAAGACUCCGAUAUUUUGGUUACUACGUCUGACAUCCAUUCGUGGCCACUCUUAAUCACACCGGCAGGUUGGGAAAGAAGUGAACAUGCACGUUCGUCCACGCAAGUUCUGCAGCAAUUGGACUUGAAUUCGCUCGUGUUGGUGACAAAUAUUCCGGGACAAGUUCACUUUCGCUACCUUUAUCUUGUUCGGCGAUGGACGAGAUUGAAUGAAAAUGGUAAACGAGAGAUUCUAUACGUCACUGUAAUUGGAGACACCGAAGCCAACGCUCAAGCUCGAGAGCCUCAGUCUGACGUCCAGUGGGCACACGAGAGCGGUAUCUGCAUUCGAUACACUGAGGUAAACAAGUCAACGAUCGAUGUGACGUACAAUCGCUGGUCUCAGUGUGAGAGUGAGGAUCACGCGCAGAAGCUCUUCAUCGACUGGAUUCAAGUUCUUUGCUGGUGGACGCAACGCGUAACCUCGUCCAGGUUAAUCAGGUCUGGAUAGAACGAUACACAGAGAUUCAGCUUCUUUUGUUUUUAAUACAUUUGCAAACUGCAUCGUAUUUGUCACUUACGCUGAGCCAAGAAGGUUCAACGGCACCACCAACGGAGACCAUUGACACGCA